CUUCCACCCGGUUUGGCCCUACUCUCUCUCUAUACCUAUCGUUUUCUGGCCCUCUCUCUCUUUUAUCUGUCUCCCUGCACACACUGCCCAAUUUUUCCUCAUUUUCUCCCUCUUCCGGUUGGGUGCCUUGUAACCUGCUCUCAUGGCGUUCUCGGUCUCUCUCAACCCCACUACUCAAAUUAAUGCAUUUUCAAGAAGACACCAAGUCCAAUCUACUUUCUCUCUCCAAACUUGCAACCGUCAAAAUGCUGGUUUCAAUAUCCAUGGCUUUGAAACAACUGGGAAUAAGAUUUUUCGCACUCUCAGAGCCUCAGCCAUAACUGAAGUGGGUUCUGCCAAGGACCAAAUUAAGGAGAAGAAUUCAGUUAAUCCAAUCAUUGUGAUUGAUAACUACGAUAGUUUCACUUAUAAUCUUUGCCAGUACUUGGGCGAACUCGGUGCAAUCUACGAAGUGUACCGGAAUGAUCAGAUCACCGUAACUGAUAUCAAAAGGAGAAAGCCGAGAGGAAUACUUAUCUCUCCUGGUCCUGGUACCCCUCAGGACUCAGGAAUAUCACUACAGAGUGUGCUGGAACUGGGACCGGAGUUUCCUCUCUUAGGAGUUUGCAUGGGCCUCCAAUGCAUCGGCGAGGCCUAUGGAGGAAAGAUUGUGCGCUCUCCCUUUGGAGUUAUGCAUGGAAAGAGUUCUCUUGUAUACUAUGAUGAAAAAGGAGAGGAUGGUUUGCUUUUGGGCUUGUCAAACCCCUUCAUUGCUGGUAGAUACCACAGCCUUGUAAUAGAAAAUAAGACCUUUCCAAGCGAUAAACUUGAGAUUACAGCAUGGACAGAAGAUGGGUUGAUCAUGGCUGCGCGUCACAAAGAGUAUAAGCAUAUGCAGGGUGUUCAGUUCCAUCCAGAGAGCAUUAUAAGCACUGAAGGCAAAAGGAUUGUGCGCAAUUUCAUCAGCCUCAUUGAGCGAGCAGAGGCACACUCAAAAUACGGGCUUCUGGGUGCUUAAAAAGUUUGAAAAAUGCAGAGGAGCUUUUCUAUGCUGAUUUCUCUUGUUCUUUUUCAGGUACAGCAGAAGCGGAUAUUCUAAUAUUCCCUUGGUGUUACUAAACUAUUUAUCAGACUUGGAUUUGUUCUGUUUUCCAUUUUAAUCCACUCAGACUAUCAUGUAUUUUGUUUUGAGUAAAACAUGAAAACAAAUGAUAAACAUAAAUAAAUGAGCAAAAGGAAACCCGCAUAAAGUGUGUGUCAA